CAACUAAGCAAAAUGGAAUAUAAUUGCAUGGAUUUUAAGGUGGGCAAAUGCGAAGGAGAAAAGCUGGUCGACGGUGAGACCAUACCAUUGGUGCUACAGCCCCCGGGGCCUGUCAAAACCGACGUCGAAUCGCUUGUGUCGGCUCUAAAAGCUAAUAAGGAAUGGUUCGAGGAGAUGAUUAUUAAGAACAGUGCAGUUCUGUUACGAGGUUUUGAUGUGACGAAAGCUGAGGAGUUUAAUGAUAUUGUUGAGGCUUUUGAUUGGGAGGAUAUUCGUUAUGUUGGACCUGCUCCCAGGACUCAUAUUUAUAAGAGAAUUUGGACUGCUAAUGAAGGUCCCUUGUCUGAAUUUAUCUAUUAUCACCAUGAAAUGGUUUUGAUAAAAGAAUGUCCCUUAAAAGUGAUUCUUUACUGUGAGAUAGCCCCACCAGAAGGAGGAGAGACUCCAUUUGUUCCAAGCUUCAAGGUUGCUGAAAGGAUGGUGCAAGAGUUUCCAAAAGAAGUGGAAGAAAUUGAAGCAAAAGGGCUUAAAUACACAUUUUCAGCUCCCAGCAAUAAUAAUACAGGAUCCAUGAGAGGUCGAGGUUGGGAGGAUGCUUUUGGAACAUCUGACCGUCUCGAAGCUGAAAGAAGGGCAAAAGCUCUAGGGAUGGACAUGGAGUGGAUGGAAGAUGGAGGGGUGAAGACAGUCCUAGUUCCAAGGCCAUUAACCCGGGUUUUCGACGGACGAAAGGGAAGAAGAAUGUGGUUCAACACAGUCGUAGGCAUGCACGGGAAGGAGAUAAGCUCCGCAACAAUGGCCGACGGAACAGAAUUAUCAGACUAUUUUGUGAAGAGAUGUGAACAGAUCAUUGAAGAAGAAAGUAUUCAGUUCAAGUGGCAGAAAGGUGACGUGUUGUUUCUUGAUAACCUGGCUUUGCUUCAUGGCAGAAGACCUUCUUUGCCUCCUAGAAAAGUUCUUGUUGCCACCUGCAAGUAAUUUUUCUUGUUCUUCAGCCAUUAAUCUAAUAAUAUGCAGUGUUUGUGUUCCAAUCUAAUAAUAUGGCUUCGUGCCUAUUUAGCUGCAAAUAAUGUUAUGUAAUGUUAUGUUAUCAAUUUGAGGAGCAACAGACUCCUAUUAUUAUAUAUAUCUAGUUUUAAUUUGUU